AUGCUGAAUCCUUUUGGAUUGGACGAAGACGACUUUGAGAUAGACAUGUUGAUAGAGAGAAAUUUACAGCUGUUAGGAAAAUACAAAUGGGAAGAAUGUCAUCAUGUUGGAGCUUUUCAGAUUGCUUACUCCUAUGUGGAAAGUAUGUACGAACGACUUCCGCCAUUAGUUCAUGUGGAUGUUGCAGCUCUACCUCACACCAAAGCAUCAGCAGCUUUAUACAAGCAAGCAAAUCCGAUGGUUGGUUCGGUUGCUAACGUGAAUGUGCCCAGUGAAGAGCAACAAGUUAUUAGUAAGGAAGAUGUGGAGAUGAUCAGGAAGCUCGUGGGUCCUCGAUUUGGACGUCGUUUCGAUUACCCAGAAAGUCAAGGACAAGCGAGUGAUGUCAACAAAAUUCAAAACUCUCCACAGAGUGAGAAGGAAAGCGAUUCAAAGGUCACAUCGCAGGGACAGGCACAGGAACAGGGACAAGGACAGGGACAAGGACAGGGACAGGGACAAGUACAGGCGAGUUGGGCAGUUUUUGUUAGUUAA